ACGGAAUCUCGCCGACCGGUUAAUUUUCAUUUGACAGUGAUCAUGUUGGGGUACUACAUCGAGAGGUAACAUAGGUGAACGGCUUUCAAAGCCAUAACUUUUCUUGACUAAAUUAACAUCGGACAGUCAAAAACAUUUUGCAACAUCAUAUUUGCCGUGAGGCUAAUUCUUGGUAGGAGGAUCAGAUUUUGUUUCCCUUUAAUUUGUUGUGAAGAGUCAACUUUUCAAGAAGCCAAAAUGAUGCGACUUGCACGACUUCCCUACACUGCAGCCGCCAGGAGGAGCAGCCAGAAAUUGAUCAGGGACCGGGCACCCCAAUCGCAGUUGGUGGCUGCCCCGACAGCCUCGGCCGCCGUCGUCGUUGAGCACCGCCGACACCGUCAUCAGCUAGCAGCAGAGACCAUGCGACAACUCCUCAAGAAUGGUCGAAUGUUUGACAAGAUUUACCAGAAGCACGAUGCCUUUGCUCAGCGUCAUCUUGGACCACGUAAGGGCGAUGUCAGAGAGAUGCUCAAUGUCAUUGGGGCAGAUAGCUUGCAGGAAUUACUCGACCUCACUGUUCCAGAGUCCAUCAAGCUCCAGAGGGACCUCGAUAUUUCACCUGCACAAGGCGAGACAGAAAUGUUGGAGAAACUGAAAGAGGUAGCGUCUAAGAACAAGAUGUUUCGGAGUUAUAUCGGCCUCGGCUACCAUAGCUGCCACAUCCCUCUUACAAUUGCCAGGAACAUGCUGGAGAAUCCAGGAUGGAUCACCCAGUAUACGCCAUACCAGGCAGAGCUCUCACAAGGCCGUCUGACUGGUCUUCUCAACUACCAGACCAUGGUUGCUGAUCUGACUGGUCUUGAUAUAGCUAAUGCAUCCCUACUCGACGAAGGGACAGCAGCAGCGGAAGCCAUGGGCCUUGCAAAAAGGCAUACCAAGAGGACACUCUUCUAUGUUGAUGAUAAGUGCCAUCCUCACACUAUUGCACUUGUCAAGACACGUGCUGGGCCAAUCGAUGUUGAAGUGAAAGUCAUGCCUCACGAUGAGAUGGACUUCAGUGGGGAUGAUGUUGCUGGGGUUCUGUUUCAAUAUCCAAACACAGAAGGAACCAUUGAGGAUUUCACCAAGCUGGUCCAGAAUGCCAAGAAACACCAGACUCUAACAGCAUGUGCCACAGACCUGAUGGCCCUUGUCUUGUUGACGCCCCCGGGUGAGUUUGGAGUUGACAUCGCUCUUGGAAGCAGUCAGCGCUUUGGUACUUCCCCAGGCUACGGUGGACCGCACGCUGCCUUCUUUGCCGUCAAAGACUACCUGAAGCGUCAGAUGCCUGGUCGCAUUGUUGGUAUCACAAAGGACUCCGCUGGAAACCCAGCCAUGAGGCUUUCGCUUCAGACUCGGGAACAACAUAUCAGGAGGGAGAAGGCAACCAGUAACAUCUGCACAUCUCAGGCUCUUCUCGCAAACCUGUCGGCCAUGUACGCAGUUUAUCAUGGACCUCAGGGACUACACCACAUCGCCAGGAGAAUCCACAUGGCUACAGUCAUCCUAUCUCAAGGUAUUCAGAACUGUGGACUUGAACUCAAAAACAAUGGUCAGUUCUUUGAUACAAUCAAGGUCCAGUGCAAUGGCCAGAAAGCUAGCAUCUUGAAGAGAGCCGAGGAGAAACAGAUCAACUUUAGGAUCUAUGAUGAUGGAUGUGUUGGCAUUGCCCUUGAUGAAACCGUGGAAGAGAGGGACCUCAACGAUCUCCUUUGGGUGAUGGGCAGCGAACAAACCGCUGCAGAGGUUGCUCAAGAGAUUGCUCAGGCGCCUCCUGCAACCGGUGUCAUAGACGGCCAGUUUUCCAGGAGGUCAGAGAUCCUCACCCAUGAGGUCUUCAACAGCUACCAUGCAGAGACUGCCAUCGUCCGCUACAUGAAAGAACUGGAGAACAAGGACCUGUCCCUCGUUCAUUCCAUGAUGCCUCUUGGCUCCUGCACCAUGAAACUCAACAGCACAUCAGAACUUGCGCCCAUCUCCUGGCCCGAGUUCAACAGUCUUCAUCCAUUUGUCCCAGUCGACCAGGCAGAGGGUUACACAGAACUCUUUAAUGAACUAGAAAAGGACCUUUGCGAGAUCACAGGCUAUGACAAGUUUUCAUUCCAGCCAAACAGCGGUGCUCAGGGCGAGUUUGCUGGCCUGAUGUCCAUCCGUGCCUACCAGCAGAGUAUCGACCAGGGACACAGAAAUGUUUGUCUGAUUCCAACUUCUGCCCACGGUACCAACCCAGCCAGUGCUCAGAUGGCUGGUAUGAGUGUUAAAUCCGUCAAGGUCACUCCCUCUGGAAGCAUCGACUUCACGGACCUCGAGAAGAAGGUCAACAAGUACAAGGACAGACUUGGUGCCAUCAUGGUCACGUACCCAUCCACCAAUGGCAUCUUCGACGAGGGCAUCAAGGAACUCUGCGAGAUGGUUCAUCAUUUUGGAGGCCAGGUGUACCUAGAUGGCGCCAACAUGAACGCCCAGGUGGGACUCUGCCGCCCGGGAGACUACGGCUCUGACGUGUCGCAUCUUAAUCUUCACAAAACUUUCUGCAUCCCCCAUGGAGGUGGAGGACCAGGCAUGGGACCCAUUGGAGUUAAGGCACAUCUUGCUCCAUUCUUGCCAACCCAUGAUGUCAUCCCCGUCCCUGGAACCAACCAAGCCUUUGGCUCCGUCAGUGCUGCCCCUUGGGGCUCCUCGUCCAUCCUUCCAAUCUCCUAUGCAUACAUCAAGAUGAUGGGAGCCAGAGGACUGAGGAAGGCCUCUGAACUAGCAAUCCUCAAUGCCAACUACAUGAUGAAGAGGUUGGAAGACGCCUACAGCAUCCUCUACAAAGGCACCAACGGAUUUGUGGCGCACGAGUUCAUCCUCGACACCCGUGAGUUCAAGAAGGAUGGCAUCGAGGCUAUCGACAUCGCUAAACGUCUCCAGGACUUUGGCUUCCACGCUCCCACGGUUUCGUGGCCAGUCACAAACACGUUGAUGGUUGAGCCAACAGAGAGCGAGGAUAAGGCCGAGAUGGACAGAUACUGUGAUGCCCUUUUGUACAUCCGCUCUGAGAUCCAGGACAUCCAAGAUGGCCGCAUUGAAGCAAAAGACAGUUCUAUCAAGAAUGCCCCACACACUGCUGCUUCCGUCAUGACUGCUGAUUGGAACAGACCGUACACAAGGGAACAGGCUGUCUAUCCUCUGCCCUUCGUCCGUCCUGACACCAAGUUUUGGCCGUCUGUAGGCAGAGUGGACGAUGUCUUUGGGGAUCAGAACCUGAAAUGCAGCUGCCCACCAGUCGAGGCUUAUUCCGAGUCGGACUCCGACGCAGAGCCCUUCUACGAGCUGGAAAUCUAAACGGCUAGAAACUUAAACAGAAGUGAUAACUAAGUAAACUUCAAAUUGGACAAAUGAGAUGUAGAGACUCUAGACUUAAAGCUGUCAACCAAAGAAUGAGAAGCAACUACAACUCGUGGAUUUAGUGAUCCUAAAAAUGAAGCAAUGAGUAUGCAGUGGAGGGUGGAUGGUACUCCAGCAUUGCCAACAGUAUCUGAAAUAAGACUUCCCGAAUUGAGAGGACAAUUCAUGAAGGGCAGUAUCGGGCCCUAAGACUGUCAAAGAUUUGAUAUCACCUCGUAAGAGCUGGUGCAACGGCAUGCAUCAGCAUUGUCUUACAGACUUCCUUGUGAUGGAAAGAGGAUCGUCACUACUAGGACUUCAUAUCUACAUGCAUAUUAAGUGCCUUUUUAAAAUGAUAAGACUGGGAGAUAUAACAUGGUUUUGUUAAGUUUUGGGAUUAUAGUAAAAAAUAAUCUGAAAUUGAUCAGGGUUAAUGAUCAGUCAGUCCAGGUAAAUGUUUUAUCUGUUUUGAUUAAUUUUGUUUCAUCUUAAAGUGCAAUGUAAAUGGAUAAUCUCAAUAGGAAUAGGACUUAAAACCCUAUGAUUUGAAAGUUCUGUAAGAAUUCUUUGCUUGCGUUUAGUUAUGUUUUUUUUGUGGGGGGGAUUCUACUGUCAUAAAAGUGAUGGAACUAGCUCAAGUAUUCAUUAAAAUAACGUUACAAUCGAUGAGAAGAAUUUUAAUAAUUCUGUAUUCUAAUAUCUUGGCUUAAACUGUGUAGGUCACAAGCGGUAGAAUUUCAUUUUUUUUUCAAUGUGAAAACAUUCCUUGAAGCAUCGAAGGUCAUUUAUUAUUAUUAUUCUGUAACACUUUCGAUACUAGCCUUGUUUUAAAGGCAUAGUUGACUUAUUUUGCAUAAGAUGUGUGUAUGUGAAUCUGAUCUCAUUGCUUAAGUUUUAUACCCCAUUUCACUGUGAUAAUGGUUGAUGUUGAGCUGUUAUUCUGAAUGAUAAGAUAUUGGUCAUACUAAAAACAAGAUAUUUCUUGGUGAGUAUGAUGUAUAGCUGCGUGUUUUUUAUGUCAUGUUUUCUCGAGCAUUUAAUUGGGGGAUGUACAUGUAUUUUUUUAUACAUGAAUGAAAGUGUAGUAACUUAUUUAUUCAAAAUGCAUUGUGGCAACUCUUGGCAUACAUGUUUAUAUUUGUACGACCAAGAAUGCUUUUAUUUCCUUUUACAUUGUCAAGAUAUGCUUUUUGAGUUCUAUAUUGUGUGUGUGCUUUGUUUUAAUUUAUCUUAAGUAAAAAUUCAUGUUCAUACCCCCCCACACUGCUCUCUCAUGCAGUAUAUCUAUGCUCAGCUCUAUGCUAUGUAUUUAAUAAGAAUGAUAUUUGUAUAGUGAAGGAAUGUAAAAAUGUUAUUUUAAUGCCUACUGAAAUUGUAUAGAGAUUUAAUCAGUAGGCUAGUUGGAAGUUUUUUUUUCGAUAAUGUACUAUGUGAAUAUCUUACCCGUUAUUUAAGAAAACCUGAAAAACAAAGAAAAAAAUACAUAAAAAUGAUUUACAUUCAAACAUAA